AUUUAACGCACGUGGGUUUUUGUAGGUGGGAGAUUAGUAGAUACGCAAACGUACGUAGUAGGUGUCUGUUAAAACAGAGGUCCCAGAGAGAGGAGGAGCCUCCCUGUUUUGGUUCGGCCAAAAACAAGAAUGUCGGGUCAUCAGUGCACCGAGAACCCGCCUCAUCUGGAUCCAAAUAGCGGGUCAGGUCAUGUCGAGAAACUCGGCAACCUUGACACCUACGUCUCUGGUUCCACUCAUUCAAAGCUUGCUGUUCUUCUUGUCUCUCAUGUUUUCGGAUAUGAAACUCCUAACCUGAGGAAACUUGCUGACAAGGUUGCAGAAGCUGGAUUCUAUGCGGUGGUUCCCGAUUUCUUCUAUGGAGAUCCUUAUAAUCCCGAGAAUAAGGAUCGACCGCUUCUUACAUGGGCAAAAGAUCAUGGACAAGAGAAAGGGUUUGAGGACUCAAAGCCAAUAGUGGAGGCCUUGAAGAACAAAGGCAUAACUAGUAUAGGAGCAGCAGGGUUCUGUUGGGGUGCAAAAGUUGCAGUGGAACUAGCUAAGCAAAAGCUUGUUGACGCUACUGUUUUGUUACAUCCUUCUCGUGUUACGGUGGAUGAUAUCAAAGAUGUCAACAUUCCAAUCGCGGUAUUAGGAGCUGAACUCGAUCAAGUGUCCCCUCCAGAACUUGUGAGGCAAUUCGAAGAUAUUUUAGCUUCUAAACCUGAGGUGAAGAGUUUUGUGAAGAUAUUCCCAAGAGUCAAACACGGUUGGACUGUUAGAUAUAAUGAAAAUGAUCCAUCAGAAGUUGAAGCUGCAGAGGAAGCUCACAUGGACAUGCUCGCUUGGCUCAUCGACUAUGUCAAGUGAGAACUUGGAACGGUCUAAGCUUUGGUGUGCAUAUAACCAGAGGAGACCCAAAAUCAUAUCUAUUACUCUUUAAAUAAUAAAUGUAACUAGUAGUAUCUUCUUUACUUUGCUUUGUUAUGUUCGUGGUUAGUCUUUUCUCAAAAUGUUUCAGUCUCAGAAACAUCAGUUUGAGUUAAACUUAACACGUUCUAGAAAUAUCUUAAUGUCGUCCCUUUGAACCUUAAGCCUAGUUAUGUUGUUGAUAUUGAAAUAAAGACAGCCCCAAAUUCAGCUAUAUAAA